CCUCCGUUCCUCAGUCUUUCUCUCUCCUCUCCCCUCCUCUCCGCUCCGCUCGCGCAGCUCGGUCGCACUGUCGAGCUCCGCCGCCACCCUCGCCGCCGCCGCCGCCGGACCUCCUCUCUCGGUCUCCGACCGCCGCUCGCGCCGGUGGGGCCCGGCUCCGGCGUCUCUUUGUGCCGCGCGUCUCCGUCUCUGUGUCUCCGUCUCCGUCUUUUUCUCUCUCUCUUUCUCUCUCUCUCUCUCUCUCUCUCUCUCCACGCAGCGACCCAGCACCGGCUCGCUCGUGUUCUUGGCGGCUCGCCGACUCUGAUCGCCGCCGGUCUUCGCCGCUGCUGCCGGGCCCACCUCGCCGAAUCGCUCUCGUAAACCGAGAUGUUGCUUCCUUCCACAGUGCUAUAGGUUGAACUAUAACCAUGGCGUCCAAAGGUCCAAGGUCGAAAUUGGAUCACGAGACGAGAGCUCGGCGCCAAAAGGCACUCGAAGCCCCUCGAGAGCCUCAACGCCCUAAAACUCACUGGGAUCAUGUUUUAGAAGAGAUGGUCUGGCUGUCAAAGGAUUUUGAGUCUGAGCGUAAAUGGAAACUAGCUCAAGCAAAGAAGGUUGCCAUAAGAGCAAGCAAAGGCAUGUUAGACCAGGCUACCAGGGAAGAAAAGAAAAUGAAGGAAGGGGAACAAAGAUUGAGAAAAGUUGCUCUUAAUAUUUCAAAGGAUGUGAAGAAGUUCUGGAUGAAAAUAGAAAAGCUGGUGCUUUACAAGCAUCAGCUGGAGGUUGAUGAGAAAAGGAAGAAGGCACUUGAUAAGCAGCUUGAGUUUUUAUUGGGCCAAACUGAGAGGUACUCAACAAUGCUGGCAGAAAAUCUCACAGAUGCACAUAUAACUUUGCAACAAAAUACUAUCGAGGAGCAUCAGCCAAGUAUUUCACCUGAGGAUGAUGAUGAGAAUUUGACUAAUGAGGGGAUGGAACUAGAUGCUGUCUAUUAUGCAGAAUCUCAUCCAGAAGCGGCAAAUGUUGAUGAAGAUUUUAGUCUACAAACCGAAGAUGAGUCGGAGGAUGAUGAGCAAACUAUUGAGGAAGAUGAGGCUCUCAUAACAGAAGAAGAAAGGAAAGAAGAAUUGGAAGCCUUGCACAAUGAAAUGGAUGUUCCACUGGAGGAGUUACUUAAACAAUAUGCUGCGGACAGAGAUGAUAGAGAUAGUCCAGGAGGAAGUGAAGAUGCGGCUCAGCAAAAUUCAGACGAGAAUGAUCAGAAUGAGUGUGUACAGAAGGAUAUUUCUGCUGCUGGCGAGACAAAUAAAGACAGCUCUGUUGUAGUAACUGGUCGUCGUUGUGCUGAAAGUAAUGGCAGCUUAAGUGUACCGAAAAGCCUUGUUUCUGAUAUGGAGGUCUGCAAAACCGAAAGUAGUUCCAAAAUUUUGGAGAAUGACAAAGAUCAUGCGCAUUAUGACUUUAUUGAAGAACAGGAAGAUGGUGAUUAUGUCCUCGCUGGUGGAGAGGACAAGGAUGAUGAAGCGACCUUGUUAGAAGAGGAGGAAUUGGCAAAAGCAGAUUCAUAUGAUCCGAUGGAUGAGAUUGCUUUACUGCAGAGGGAGAGCGAGAUUCCUGUUGAAGAAUUAAUUGCCAGGUAUAAGAAGGACAUUGAAAAUGAUGCUGUCUCAGAGGAUGAAUCUGAAUAUGCCUCUGCUUUAUCUGAAGAUCUUGAAGAUGCUGCAGGCCCCAAGUAUGAGGUACCAUAUAGGGAAAGCAUGUCUGAAAGUGAUGGUGAACUUCAUGCAAAUUUGUCAGACUCUUCUCCUGGAAAAGAAGCAGAAGCCGGAGAACUUAAUGAAUCAGAAGGCAGGGAGAAUGAUAGUAGAAUUGCAGAUGCCGCAGCAGCUGCAAGAUCUGCCCAGCCCACAGGCAACACAUUCUCAACAACCAAAGUGCGCACAAAGUUCCCCUUUCUUAUCAAGCACCCACUACGUGAGUACCAACAUAUUGGCUUGGAUUGGCUUGUUACAAUGUAUGAGAAAAGACUGAAUGGGAUUUUAGCUGAUGAAAUGGGUCUUGGAAAGACUAUCAUGACCAUUGCACUACUUGCACAUCUUGCUUGUGAGAAGGGAAUAUGGGGCCCACACCUAAUUGUAGUUCCAACAAGUGUGAUGCUAAACUGGGAAACUGAGUUUCUAAAAUGGUCUCCUGCUUUCAAAAUCUUAACUUAUUUUGGAAGUGCAAAAGAAAGGAAAUUUAAGAGACAGGGUUGGCUGAAACCCAACUCCUUCCAUGUGUGCAUAACCACUUACAGGCUAGUUAUACAGGAUUCCAAAGUCUUCAAGCGGAAGAAAUGGAAGUACUUAAUUUUGGAUGAGGCUCAUCUAAUUAAGAAUUGGAAGUCUCAGAGGUGGCAGACUCUCUUAAACUUCCACUCCAAGAGGCGCAUUUUGUUAACUGGCACGCCUCUGCAGAAUGAUCUUAUGGAAUUGUGGUCUCUUAUGCACUUUUUAAUGCCUCACAUCUUUCAAUCUCAUCAAGAGUUUAAGGAUUGGUUCUGUAAUCCGAUUUCAGGAAUGGUUGAUGGACAGGAAAAGGUAAAUAAAGAAGUUGUUGAUCGCCUGCAUAAUGUUCUCCGUCCAUUUAUACUCCGCAGGUUAAAAAGGGAUGUGGAGAAGCAGCUUCCAAUGAAGCAUGAGCAUGUCAUAAACUGUAGACUUUCAAGGAGACAGCGGAAUUUGUAUGAGGAUUUCAUUGCUAGCUCUGAGACACAAGCUACUCUUGCAAGUUCAAAUUUCUUUGGAAUGAUCAGUGUUAUAAUGCAACUUCGUAAAGUAUGCAACCAUCCUGAUUUGUUUGAGGGCCGUCCAAUCAUUAGUUCCUUUGACAUGAGUGGCAUUGUUACCCAUUUGAGUUCAUCUGUAUGCUCCAUUUUAUCUACUGGACCCUUCUCUGGAGUGGACCUUGAGGGAUUGGGGUUUUUGUUUACUCAUCUUGAUUUUCACAUGACAUCUUGGGAGAGUGAUGAAGUUAGAUCCAUUGAAACUCCAUCGGACCUAAUCAUAAACAGGGUUGAUCUGAAUAACCAGAAUGAAGAUUGGUAUUGUCCUAGAAGAGACCGGAAGAGGUCACAUCAAACAAAUAUAUUCGAAGAGAUCCAAAAGGCAUUAUGGGAGGAGAGAUUACGAGAAGCGAAAGAACGUGUUGCUUCUAUUUCUUGGUGGAAUUCAUUGAGAUGCCGGAGGAGACCCAUGUACUCAACAUCACUGAGAGACAUAGUUACAAUCAAGCACCCAGUUUAUGAUAUUCAUUGUCAAAAGGCUGAUCGGUCAUCCUAUUUAUAUCCAUCAAAGCUUGCUGACAUAGUUCUUUCACCAGUAGAACGAUUUGAGAGGAUGACUGACUUGGUGGAGAGUUUUAUGUUUGCAAUUCCAGCAGCACGGGCCCCAGAACCUGUUUGCCGGUGCAGUAAAAAUGACACUCCUGUCUUCCUGCACCCAAGUUAUGGGGAAAAGUGCUCUCAGAUCUUAUUGCCUCUUCUAUCACCCAUUAGACCAGCUAUUGUUCGCAGGCAAGUAUACUUUCCCGACAGGCGACUCAUACAAUUUGAUUGUGGGAAGUUGCAGGAGCUGGCGAUGUUGCUUAGGAAGUUGAAAUCUGAAGGUCACCGGGCUUUGAUUUUUACCCAAAUGACCAAGAUGCUUGAUGUGUUGGAAGCUUUUAUAAAUUUGUAUGGCUAUACCUACAUGCGAUUAGACGGCUCCACCCAACCAGAGGAGAGGCAAACUUUGAUGCAGCGCUUUAAUACAAACCCAAAAAUUUUCCUUUUUAUUUUGUCAACCCGUAGUGGAGGGGUUGGUAUUAACCUAGUAGGUGCAGAUACUGUUAUUUUCUAUGAUAGCGACUGGAAUCCAGCAAUGGAUCAACAAGCACAAGAUCGAUGCCACAGGAUUGGACAAACUCGUGAGGUACACAUCUAUAGGCUAAUUAGUGAGAGCACCAUUGAGGAGAAUAUAUUAAGGAAAGCAAAUCAAAAGCGGGCUCUUGAUGAUCUGGUCAUACAGAGUGGAGGUUACAAUACCGAAUUCUUCAAGAAGCUCGAUCCUAUGGAAUUAUUUUCAGGUCACAGGACUCUUCCCUUGAAGCAGAAGGAAAAGAAUGUUAGCAAUGGAAGUGAGGUUUCUUUGUCAAAUGCAGAUGUUGAAGCUGCUUUAAAACAUGCUGAAGAUGAAGCAGAUUACAUGGCACUUAAGAAAGUUGAACAGGAAGAGGCUGUAGACAAUCAGGAGUUCACAGAAGAAGCGGUUGGCAAAAUGGAAGACGAUGAGUUUGUAAACGAGGAUGAUCUCAAAGAUGAUGAGCCCACAGAUCAGGGUGGCCAAAUAUCGACUCUAAACAAGGAGGAGGCACUGAUUAGUGGAAGUGAUUUUAAUGAAGAUGGAGCUCUCACUCUUGUUGGCAAGGAAGAUGAUUUGGAUAUGCUGGCUGAUGUUAAACAGAUGGCAGCAGCUGCAGCUGCAGCAGGACAGGCAGUUUCAUCUUUUGAGAAUCAAUUACGCCCAAUCGAUCGCUAUGCGAUGCGGUUUUUGGAAUUAUGGGACCCUAUCAUAGACAAGAGAGCUGUGGAAUCUCAGGUAAGGUUUGAGGAGACUGAAUGGGAACUAGACCGUCUAGAGAAGUACAAGGAGGAGCUGGAAGCUGACAUGGAUGAUGAUGAAGAACCUCUUGUAUAUGAAAAGUGGGAUGCUGAUUUUGCAACUGAGGCGUACCGACAGCAAGUUGAGGCAUUGGCUCAACAUCAGUUGGAGGAGGAGCUGGAAUUGGAAGCAAAAUUGAAGGAAGAUUUGGAUAAUGAAAAUUACGAAGAUAAGGUUGAGCGUCCUAGGGCCUCCAAGCCGAAGUCAAAGAAGAAAGCGAAAAAGGCCAAGUUUAAGUCCCUGAAGAAAGGGUCAUUGACUUCUGAUGGAAAACAAUUCAAAGGCGAAUCUCCGGAAGAAUCCAUAUACUCAGAUGAUGACAUUGUUUGCCUUGACAUUUCAGAUGGAGAAUUGCCUCAUUCAGCUAUGCAGAAGAAACGUAAGAAGGAUGAGCUUUUUGAGGACCCUGAUGAAGAGACUUCUUCCAAGAAGUCCAAGAAACAUGACCCUCCUGGAAAUUCUGUAGAUUUGGAUUGCAAGCCAUCUGGUAAAAAGCAGGAGGAAUCUGUAGACUCGAAAACACUAGAUUACAUGGAUGUUGACCGCGAGCAGAAAACAGUCGGCAGGAGCCGGAUGGGAGGAAAAAUCUCCAUUACAUCAUUGCCAAUAAAGAGGGUUUUUACGAUAAGACCGGAGAAGUUAAAGAAAGGAAAUAUCUGGUCUAGAGAUUGUGUUCCAUCGCCUGAUAUGUGGUUACCACAAGAGGAUGCAGUAUUAUGUGCUGUAGUGCAUGAAUAUGGUUUUAACUGGAGCCUGGUUGCCGAUACACUAUAUGGGAUGACUGCUGGUGGAUUUUAUCGGGGAAGAUAUCGAAACCCUAUUCACUGUUGCGAGAGGUUUAGGGACCUUAUUCAGAGGUAUGUUUUAUCUGCUGUGGACAACCCUAACAAUGAAAAGGCUGGCCAUGUGGUCUCCACAAAAGGUUCUCUUAAAGUGACAGAGGAUAACAUUCGAAUGCUGCUAGAUGUUGCCAUGGAUUUACCAGAUAAUGAGUUACUCCUUCAGAAGCACUUCACUGCUUUGCUCUCAUCGGUAUGGAGGGUGACAUCUUGUGUUAAUGACCAAGAGAAUCUCUCAUCUCCCAGAAAUGGCUUGUACUUUAGUAGAAGCAUUCUUGAUUCUGCUAUCAACCAUUCUUCACGGAAAUCCAGACCUGAAGCUGCGGGGAAGGUUAAAAUGACUAAUUUGAUUCCGAGUAGGAAGUUAAUGGCAGAUGCACUAGAUGCUGUUGGUCAUCAGAAUGAGAUUGUGUGCCCCUCUGACCAGGGAGAUGGAGUUUCAGCUAUUGAAGAAGGUUUGGAAGUCACCCUCGAAUUCCAGCAGGAGAAAGAUGAUUUGACCAUUCCAUUGCCAACCUUUCUGAAGCUAUCGCUACCUGGCUCGGUUCCAUCAACUUCUGGAAGCAAUUCUACUGGAGACAAAUUUUUAAAAUCAUCUAGGAACAUGGCAGAAUGUCGUUUCAGGGAAGCGUCGAGAGCUUGUGCUGAAGGAAGUCUUGGUUGCUCGACCUCUGGUCUCUUAGCAACUGAUGUCAAGACCCGAUCAGCACAGAAGCCACAGGCUCUGGGAAAGCACAAGCUUCCCCCAACUGACUCAAUCAAGCCCUCUAAGUCGAAGUUCAGGAAAACAAACAUGGAGUUUGGCCUCACUAACCAGCCAGUUUCUGAGCCACGGCCCCUGCCGAUGCAGAUGGUAUCAGCUGGAGAUGCGAGUGCAUGGUGCGAUUUUUCUAGUGCCACUUUUGAUGCUGGGGCUCAUGACUUCGAGGGUGACUUGCUUUCGGCGAUGGACAAAGAGCUUCCCUUGGAACCAGAGAGCUAUGAUAUGGUUCAAAAUACCUACUACGUUCCUGAUGUAAUCUCAGACCUAGAUGAUUGUUCCUUGUCGCCGGAAUAUACUGAUAUUGGCUAGGGUUCUUCAGGUUAUAAGUGGCCAGAAUUUUACAAAGCCCACAUAAUUUUUGGAGAGACCUGAGUUUCUCCCAUCAAACGAGUCCCUGGUCGACGGACAAUGUGCCCUUCAAAGAUGAGGCGCUCGAGCUUGCGAUCGGGGGGGCACUGGUGGUGGAAAUGCAGCAAAAUUCUUUUGGCUCCGCUCAUGUUAUUGUAUCUAUUGAAUUUUGUGACAGGUAGGAUCUGAAGAUCUGAGGUAACAUGGGCCUGAUCCUCUCUGGAUUAGAUAGGACACACAGAAAUCUAACAUCUGACCUCCGUUCAAAUUUUUUUUGACGUGCGACUGUUCUCCCGUGCCGGCACCGAUGUAUCUGUAUGAGUGCAGUUUGUAUUGAAGGCAUUUCCAAAGGCAGUAUGAUUAUUUGAUGCACAUUCGAAGCCAA